AUUCUUCAGCAGGGCUAAGUGCAGGACUGUUACCUUCUGAGAUGGCAUCUCUGCAAAGGAAAGGACUACAAGUAAGGAUUCUCAGCUCUGAAGAAGAUGAGAAACUCAAAAGAGACCAAACUUUGGUGUCUGAUUUUAAACAGCAAAAACUGGAAAAAGAAGCUCAGAAGAAUUGGGACCUUUUUUACAAAAGAAAUAGUACUAAUUUCUUCAAAGAUAGACACUGGACCACCAGAGAGUUUGAGGAGCUAAGAUCAUGUAGAGAGUUUGCAGAUCAAAAAUUGACUAUGCUGGAAGCUGGUUGUGGGGUUGGGAACUGUUUAUUUCCACUUUUAGAAGAAGAUCUGAACAUUUUUGCCUAUGCCUGUGAUUUUUCUCCAAGAGCAGUGGAGUUUGUUAAGCAAAAUCCUUCAUAUAACACAGAAAGAUGCAAAGUAUUCCAGUGCGAUCUGACUAAAGAUGACCUUCUGGAACAUGUACCCUCAGAGUCUGUGGAUGUUGUCAUGUUGAUUUUUGUUCUCUCAGCUGUUCAUCCUGACAGGAUGCACCUGGUCUUACAAAAUGCUUACCAGGUAUUAAAACCAGGCAAAUGUGUCUUAUUUCGUGACUAUGGGCUGUAUGAUCAUGCUAUGCUUAGGUUUAAAGCUGGCAGCAAGCUUGGAGAAAACUUUUAUGUUAGACAAGAUGGAACCAGAUCAUAUUUUUUCACAGAUGAAUUCCUGGCUCGCCUUUUUGUGGACACAGGCUAUGAAGAAGUAGUGAAUGAGUAUGUGUUUCGGGAGACUGUGAAUAAAAAAGAAGGCCUGUGUGUACCCAGAGUUUUCCUUCAGAGCAAAUUCCGAAAGCCGUCAAAGAACCCAGCACCCUCUUCCCGUGAUCCUGACCCUGGGUACCAGUCCUGAUCUUUCAGGAGGUGGACAGUUAUGACAGCCUUUGAAGAGGAAAGUUUACUAUCAGUCUUUAUUUGUGUGC